AUGGUGGAGGGGGAAGAUUGGUCUUCAGAGGGAGAGUUUGAGGAGGAAGACAAAGUAGACGAGAAUGGUGAAUCAAGCAAUGAGGAUGAGGGAGAGCAGGGAAAAGGUGAAAUUGAACAAAACGGGCUACCAGAUGGAUUAUUUUACCUAGUUGAGGCCGUGAGUAAGAAGCGAGUUCGACAGGUUGGGAUUCCGGUGGGUUGGCCGGAGAAGUCAAACACGUGGGAGCCGAUGGAGAAUUUGGCAUCUAUCACCGAUAUGAUAGAUGAAUUCGAAGAAAGUUUGGCUAAAACGAAACAACAGAAGAAACCUUUACCUUCCCCUUCCCCUGUGGUGAUCAAGAAGAAGAAUGUAUAUUGUGCCAAUGCUGGGAAGACAAAGGAGUGUUCAAAGACAAUGGAAUCCCCAACAAAUGGGCAACCUCAAAAUCAAUUUGGCACAAAGUUAAUAAUAAGUGAACCUAAAGAAGAAUUAGCUGUGCCCAAAACCAAUAUGGCUAGUGAGGAUAAAUCCUUACAACGCUCUCAGGAAGCCCAAUCUGUUGGAGGGGCUAAGAAGAAGAAGAGGGAGUCUGGUCUCUCGGCUAAGAAGUUUAAAUUUCCUAAACGUGGUGAGUGUGUGGAUCUGUGGAACCUUGGGGAUGAUCACUUUGCUGAUAAAGACCUUGACUGA